AUGGCCAAACACCUUUCAGCGCACGCAAACACGGCUGCUCGAGCGGUGAUGGACACAUUGACUUGUGAUCCAUCGCCCAAAAUUGCAGGGCUUGUGUAUGCAGCCGUCGACCGGACAGGUGAGAUUAUUUUCAGCCAUGCGUCCGGGAAAACGGGACUCGGCCAGGAAGAGCCCAUGACCCUCGACACGAUCUUCUAUAUGGCCUCUUGCACGAAACUACUCACCAGUAUCGCAUGUAUGCAGUUAGUCGAGCAGGGGAAGCUGGCGCUGGACGACAGUGACCAGCUUGAGUCUUUAGCCCCCGAGCUCCGGGAUGUGGAGGUGUUGGAGCGGGGUGCUGAUGGUGGAAUCAAGAUGGUUGCCAAAGAGAGGCGAUUGACGUUACGGAUGCUGUUGAACCAUACUUCUGGUUUUGGGUACGCUUUUGAAGACUUGAAGCUGCUCGAAUGGUCGCGCCCCAUCGGCCUGGACGAUUUCUCGGGAAACACCCACGACGUGCUGCUCCGGCCGCUGGUCAACCAGCCCGGGACCAAGUUCCAGUAUGGAGUGGGCAUGGACUGGGUGGGUCAGUUGGUGGAGCGCAUGACGGGGAUCUCGCUGGAAGAGUACUUCCAGACCUUUAUUCUACGGCCCUUGGGAGUGGAGAAUAUCACCUUCUUUCCGACGGACGCGAUGAAGAGUAAUCUGGCGUAUAUGCACCAGCGCGCCAAAGACGGUUCGCUCAGUAUCACGGACCAUCUGUACCGAUAUCCUUUGCUUCCUUGCAGGCCGGACGAGGAGGGUCGGCGGUUUUGUAUGGGAGGGGCGGGCUGUUUUGGAAAACCGCUGGAGUACUGUCGAAUUAUCGCAACACUUCUGAACCGCGGCACGAGUCCCAACACUGGGGCCCAGCUUCUGAAGCCUGAGACGGUUCAAGCCAUGUUCACCGAUCAAAUCCCAACCAUGCCGCGAUACUGCAACGAGUAUACGCCCUCGGGCAAGCCGCUUCUGGCCAAUCCGUGCCCGCUGGUGCCGUGUGCGGACGACCUCACCGAAGGAUGGGGCCUAUCCUUCGCACUCAGCCACACCAAGAGCUCGACCGGGAGAGCCGCAGGAUCGGGGUCCUGGGAAGGGCUGCCUAAUUUGUUCUGGUUUGCAGACCGGGAGAAUGGAGUGGGUGGCAUCAUUGCUUCGCAGAUAUUGCCGUAUGGAGACCUUGAAGUUCUUGGUUGUUCCGAGCGUGUGGAAGAGAUCAUUUACGAUGAUGUGCGUGCGAAAUGA